UGAUGGAAGGGAAACUGUUUACCAGCGUCGAGGAGGAGUGCCUCCACUGGAAGGAGCGCUGCCUGAAGGUGUCCCAGGAGCGUGACGAUGCGCAGCGCGAGUUUGACGACUUUACGGCCGAAUCGCGCCAACUGGAGGCGGAACUGGAGAUGACGGUCGAGCAGCAGGAGAAGAAGAUCCGGGACCUUAACCAGGUGGUCUCGCAGCUGCACGGCGAGUGCGAAGCGUACAAGCGGAAGCUGCAGUACACAGAGAACGAAACCAGCAAACUCGACACCGACUACCGGGUGCUGGCCAAGGAGAACGAGAAGCUAAAGGUGUACAUCCGUGAGUUGGAGCAAAAGAAUGACGAUCUCGAGCGGGCGAACCGGGUGGCCAGUGAGAGUGUGGUCGAGUUUGAAUCGAUGCUCAACCAGGCGUACGAAAAGAACGCGCUGCUCGAGCUGGAAGUGGACGAGAAGGAACGGAUGCAGAUCAAGCUGCAGCGCCUGAUGGACGAAGCGCGCGAUCUGAAGCAGGAACUAAAGGUCCGGACACUGAAAACGGACGAAAACGGUGACGAAGACGAAGCGGGAGCGGAACAGCGGCACGGUAAAGACGACACGGCAAACGAUGACGACGGCACCGGUGCGACCGGCGGCGAUACGGUCGCCAGUGCUCAGCUGACGCAGGUUUGCCUCGGUGCGAACGGUCCACUCGGGCCGGACAUGAAGCUGGAAACGUUAAACAACAAUCUGAAUGCGAGCAAACAGCGGCUGUCACCGUUGGCCAAGUUUGGUGCUACCGGCAAACUUGCCGACGCGAGUUGCUUCCGGGAGGUGGACAGCGAAGAAAGCAAAACGCUGCUGGAAAGCUCAACGAAAGGCACGUUCCUGCCGGCGACCAGCCCCACCAGUCAGUUGAUAAUUGAACGAAAUGGGAACGCUCAAUCGACGGCACUCGUGCCGCUCCCGGGCGGUGGCUCACUACUGAACCCACCGAUGGCAUCGAGUGACCGCGUCUCGACGUUAAACAUUGUGGCCGACCUGCUGCGACGGUUGGACAACAUGGAGGCCAAGCUGAAGGCGUGGAAAAUUCGUAAACCCUCGUCGAGGACAGGCGGUGGCGGCGGCGGCGGCAGUGGCGUUGGUCCGGGAAGCGUGAGCAGCGCCGGAAGCCACCGUUCGUUACACGGCAACAUGCAGCACAAUCAUAGUCACCAUCAUAGUAGCCAUCUGCAGCAGCACCAGCAACCAUCUAGUUACCACAGCCACCAUCAGCACAGCGCUGGCGUCGGUGGCAGCAACCAUUCGCUCAACUCGCUCGGUGCCGAUGCCACGACGACGGGGGCCUCGACGCCGAUUCUCGGCAACUGCUGCGGAAGCAGUAGUAGUGGUGGUGGUGGUGGUGGCGGUGGUGUCGGUAGCAGCGGUGGUAACGUGCAGCUACACUCCUACCAACCGAGCACCAUCACGAUCGGUACGCAAACGUCACAGCACCAGUCGGCACUUCCGAAGGCGGAAGUGCUGCUCGGCCGCACAGCCAAGUGAGCUGCUUCCGCCGGAGCAGCCGCCCUGACGGUGACACAGUUUCUUUCCAAGACUCCCUCCUUCGGCUCCGCUGGGCGGUUUCGAACCAUUUCUGCAUUCGGCAAGCAAAGCCAGCUUUUUGUAUAGUUUUUUCUUCUUCCACUCUUCGUUCGGCUUAUUUGCCUCUUCGCCACGGGGGGAAGUGGUUGUCCAUCACCCCGCUCGG